GGCGUCACGUCACUUCCUGCUCUGCGCUGCAUGAUGGCGGUGUCCAUGACGGCGUUUCUGGCACAUUGACUUCGCCUGGAGGUGUGCGGUUUUACUCUCUGCAUUACCCAAAAACCUGGACGUUUUUUUCUGCAUAACAGUAUCUGAAAUCUUCGCCAGUGAACAUUUAAUGAACUGGACCUCAGAUCAUGGCGCUUCACAGACUGUCCUUCAGACUACGGCAAAUGAUUUUGCAGGAAAGACAUGUAAGGACCCUUCGUACCAGUGGAUGUGUGCAGCAGCAGGAGGCUGUGGCUGAGUCAGAACCUGAGCCUUUCUCAGUUUUCAGAACGCAGGAGAGUGAUCCGGCGUGUCACUCUGAGAAGCAUGUCGGACAGUUUUACACUGUGCCCCCUGCACACGUCCGCAUUGUGUUCCCUUAUGGCCUCCCCCGGCGCUAUAUAGAACAGGUGAAGACAUUCAAUGAAGCCUGCCUGAUGGUGAGGCAGCCAGCUCUGGAGGUCAUCUCGUACCUGAAGAAAACAGACUUCAGCAAGCCUGCACUGCGAUAUGUAUUCUAUGGGGUGAGGGGCAGUGGGAAGUCGUUGUCUCUCUGUCACACGGUCCACUUCUGCUACACGCAGGGAUGGCUUGUGCUGCAUAUUCCUGAUGCCCUCCGCUGGGUGAAGGACUGUACAGAGCUGCUGCCCUCAUCCUAUAACACCUCCCGCUUUGAUCAGCCGUUACAAGCCGUAGAAUGGUUACGCAACUUCAGAACCACCAAUGAGCAGUUCCUAUCAAAGAUAAAGAUAAAGCAGCGUUAUGUGUGGACAAAGAGAGAGUUCACAGAGGAGGGAAGUCUGCUAGGAGAGCUGGUGGAUCAGGGUAUAUCUCGUGUGAAGAGCAGCAGUGAUGUGGUGGGGGCGUUGAUGAAGGAACUGAGGCUGCAGAGCGGGCAGCCGGAGUCAAACUUCCGCCUGGCUGUGGCUGUGAAUAGUGUCAACGCCCUGUGGGGAAAAUCCAACAUCAUGAAGGAGGACAGGAGCGCUGUGGAUCCAGAGGAGCUCACUUUGAUUCAUAACCUGAGAAAGCUGAUGAACAACGACUGGACUGGAGGCGCCAUCAUUACCACUGUGUCUCAGACAGGGUCUGUCCUCAUUCCAAAAUCUGCCUACUUGCCUCAAGAGCUGCUGGGAAAGAAGGGUUUUGACACCAUGGACCCAUUUGUCCCAGUGUCAGUACCCAACUACAGCGAGAAGGAGUUUGAGAGCUGUUACCUUUACUACAUGGACCGCCACUGGCUGCAGCAUCCACAGAGCCUUACAGAGGACGGGAAGAAAGAACUCAUCUUUUUGAGCAACAGAAAUCCAACAAUGUUAGAAAGAAUUUGUUCCUCCUUAUGAAGUCACAGAGACUUAAAUCACACACAUACACACCUAAAUAUCACACACAUACACAGUAUCAGUGUCCUGGAAAUACAUAAACAUACAAACGUCCAUGUCUAUAAUGUGUAAAUUAUGAUGCAUGUGUGUUACUUUGAUAAUAAAAUGUUUAACAAAAUGA